AUGGGGGCCUCGCGGGCUCCCACCCGGACUUCGCCUGCGCCUCAGCCUGAGCCCAGCGCGCGGCCGCGCCGCCGCUUCCACACCACACUGCUGUUUUACUGGAGGAAGCGGGAGCGCCCUUCCGCGCGACGCAAGCCGGGCCUGGGCCGGGGACGCAGGCCGAGGGGCUCCACCGGCGGGGGUCUCUUCUCCUUCCUGCCUGGCGGCGCGCGCACCGAGGUGCUGGACGAUCUGGCGACCGACGCGCGGGGCCGGGGCGCGGGACGCAGAGAUGCCGCCGCUUCCGCCCCGACACCAGCUCCGGCGCCGAUCCCCGAGCCGCAGGUCUCUGAGAACGCCUCCCAGAAGCGGCCCUGCCGGGCCUGCGUGGACUUCAAGACGUGGUUGCGGACGCAACGAAAGCAGCAGGAGAGCAAGUUUAGAGAGGAUUGUCCUGAGGAUCGGGAGGAACUGGGCCGCCACAGCUGGGCUGUCCUCCACACCCUGGCUGCCUACUACCCCGACCGGCCCACCCCGGCACAGCAGCAAGACAUGACCCAGUUCAUACAUUUAUUUUCCAAGUUUUACCCGUGCGAGGAAUGUGCUGAAGACAUAAGGAAGAGGAUACAACGGAACCAGCCGGACACGCGCACUCGGACAGGCUUCACCCAGUGGCUGUGCCGCCUGCACAAUGAGGUGAACCGCAAGCUGGGCAAGCCGGACUUCGACUGCUCGCAGGUGGAUGAACGCUGGCGCGACGGCUGGAAGGACGGCUCCUGUGACUAGGGGGCGGGCAUGGGAGCCAGCUGGCCACCGCAGCGGGGUGGCUGCUCAUUAAAGUGCGUCAGAGCCAGAGCCUGUGGUGUCUCAGUUGGGUGGCCCCAGGACAUUGCCCCUGGGGCCUCCCGUCUCUGGUUGGGAGGAGGAGUGGAGGUGCCCACAGCAGACACCCCCAUGGCCUUCUCAGCUGAGGCCCCACAGGGGUGGGAGCUGCAGGUGAGCGAGGCAGAAGUGGUCAGACUGCCCCUGGGCCAGACACGAUGUGGCCUCCUGCCCAGGAAGGGAAGGGGCAACCAGGAGAUGGGCCUGGCUGGGUUCCCCCAUGCCACCCCGGCAGGCCAGCCCACGACCUCCUCACCUCGUAGCCACUGACGUCGCAGUGCCCUGACCCCAGCACCUCUGCUGUGUGCGCUUCUAGGAGGCGGCCUGGGAGAGCUCUCCACUCUGUUCAGUUGCCUGCAGAGGGAGCUCAGCAAGGUGUUUCCGAGAACGCACCCACAGUGCUGUCCAUGGUGGGCUGGUGCCUCUGAGGUGGAGACCAAAAUAAAAUCCUGUGGAAGCAAGUGAGGACCGGGCUUUGUGUGUUUUUUGCAGGGU